AGAAUAUCUAUGGGUCGAAACGUGAUGCGAUGAAUCCGAGAGAGACCGAAACUGGGACGAGGAGUGCGGCGGAAGCGGCGGGACUCCUGGGCAUGGGGGCUUCACCACAAUAGAGGCAGCAUCCCCACCCGCCCCCGCCAGCCCCUCUGGAGCAAAUCCCCCAAACCCCCUCGGGAAAAGGAUGGCGGCGGCACCUACCCAGAUCGAAGCCGAGCUGUAUUACCUGAUCGCUAGAUUCUUGCAGUCCGGACCCUGCAACAAAUCCGCUCAGGUGCUAGUGCAGGAGCUCGAGGAGCAUCAGCUUAUUCCGCGCCGCUUAGACUGGGAGGGGAGAGAGCACCGAAGAAGCUUCGAGGAUCUGGUGGCAGCCAAUGCACACAUUCCUCCAGACUACCUCCUUAAAAUUUGUGAGCGGAUUGGUCCCUUACUAGAUAAGGAGAUCCCUCAGAGUGUUCCUGGGGUACAGACAUUACUAGGUGUUGGUCGGCAGUCUCUGUUACGGGAUGCCAAAGACUGUAAGAGUAUACUAUGGAAUGGCUCUGCUUUUGCAGCUCUACAUAGAGGCAGACCUCCAGAACUACCUGUAAAUUAUGUGAAACCUCCAAAUGUGGUGAAUAUCACCUCUGCCAGGCAAUUAACCGGAUGUAGUCGCUUCAGCCAUAUUUUCCCUUCAUCUGCUUACCAGCACAUUAAGAUGCAUAAGAGAAUUCUGGGGCACUUGUCAUCUGUCUACUGUGUAGCAUUUGACCGAAGUGGGAGAAGAAUUUUUACAGGUUCAGAUGACUGUUUGGUGAAAAUUUGGGCAACAGAUGACGGGCGCCUUCUUGCUACACUUCGAGGGCACUCUGCUGAAAUUUCUGACAUGGCUGUUAACUAUGAAAACACUCUCAUUGCCGCAGGCAGCUGUGAUAAAGUUGUAAGAGUGUGGUGUCUUCGAACUUGUGCACCAGUUGCAGUCCUUCAGGGACAUUCAGCUUCUAUUACUUCCAUACAGUUUUGUCCAUCAACUAAAGGCACAACCAGAUACCUCACUUCUACUGGUGCUGACGGAACUAUCUGUUUCUGGCAAUGGCAUGUAAAAACAAUGAAGUUUAAAGAUCGCCCCGUGAAAUUUACUGAGAGAUCUAGACCUGGAGUUCAGAUAUCUUGUUCAUCUUUCAGUUCUGGUGGUAUGUUCAUUACAACAGGUAGCACUGACCAUGUGAUUAGAAUAUAUUAUUUGGGUUCUGAGAUCCCUGAGAAAAUUGCUGAAUUAGAGUCACAUACGGACAAGGUUGUUGCUGUUCAGUUCUGUAACAAUGGAGACAGUUUAAGAUUUGUUAGUGGAAGUAGAGAUGGAACGGCAAGAAUCUGGCAAUAUCAGCAACAAGAGUGGAAGAGUAUAGUGCUAGAUAUGGCUACUAAAAUGACUGGGAAUAAUUUGCCAUCUGGAGAAGACAAGGUCACUAAACUUAAGGUGACUAUGGUGGCCUGGGAUCGCUAUGAUACCACAGUUAUUACUGCAGUGAACAAUUUCCUUUUGAAAGUAUGGAAUUCUAUCACAGGCCAACUUCUUCAUACUUUAUCCGGACAUGAUGAUGAAGUAUUUGUUUUGGAAGCACAUCCAUUUGACCAAAAGAUCAUACUUUCGGCAGGUCAUGAUGGGAACAUUUUUAUUUGGGACCUUGACCGGGGGACCAAAAUUCGGAAUUAUUUUAACAUGAUUGAAGGUCAAGGCCAUGGUGCAGUGUUUGACUGUAAAUUUUCACCAGAUGGAAACCAUUUUGCCUGUACUGAUUCUCAUGGGCAUUUGCUGCUUUUUGGAUUUGGAUGCAGUAAAUACUAUGAAAAGAUUCCAGAUCAGAUGUUCUUCCAUACGGAUUAUCGACCUCUUAUCCGUGAUGCCAACAACUAUGUAUUGGAUGAACAAACCCAACAAGCUCCUCAUCUCAUGCCUCCCCCAUUCUUGGUGGAUGUUGAUGGAAAUCCUCAUCCCACAAAAUUCCAAAGGCUAGUACCAGGACGGGAAAAUUGUAAAGAUGAACAGCUUAUACCACAGCUGGGAUAUGUGGCUAAUGGUGAUGGUGAAGUAGUAGAACAGGUAAUUGGGCAACAAACCAAUGACCAAGAUGAGAGCAUUCUUGAUGGAAUAAUCAGGGAGUUACAAAGAGAACAAGAUCUGAGGCUAAUUAAUGAAGGAGAUGUUCCACAUUUUCCAAUUAAUAGAUCAUAUUCUGCUAAUGGUGCUCUGAGAAAUCCAAAUAUGGACAUAUCUUCUUCCCCAAACAUUGGACUCCGACGUAGUGGUCAAAUUGAAGGUGUCCGACAAAUGCAUAACAAUGCUCCUAGAAGCCAGAUGGCCACUGAAAGAGAUCUCAUGGCAUGGAGCAGAAGAGUGGUGGUCAAUGAACUAAAUAAUGGGGUUAGUAGGGUUCAGGAAGAAUGUCGAACUGCUAAAGGUGACUUAGAAAUCAGUCUUUAUACAGUCGAAAAGAAGAAGAAGCCAUCUUAUGCUACCCAAAGGAAUGAUUAUCCGCCUAGCUGUGGGCGGUCUUUACGAAGGACACAACGCAAACGCCAGCAUACUUACCAAACACGAUCCAACAUAGAGCAUAAUUCACAAGCAUCAUGUCAAAAUUCAGGUGUACAGGAAGACUCAGAUAGCUCCUCAGAGGAAGAUGAAACAGUUGGCACAAGUGAUGCUUCUAUAGAGGAUCCUGUUAUUGAAUGGCAAAGUGAAAGUUCCUCCAGUGAUUCAUCAAGUGAAUAUUCUGAUUGGACAGCAGAUGCUGGAAUAAAUUUGCAACCUCCAAAAAGGCAAACGAGACAGGCAACACGGAAAAUAUGCAGCAGCUCUGAGGAGGAGAAUUUGAAGUCACUUGAAGAACGGCAAAAGAAACCUAAACAGACUAGAAAGAAGAAAGGAGGACUGGUUUCUAUGGCAGGUGAGCCCAAUGAAGAAUGGUUUGCCCCUCAGUGGAUCUUGGAUACCAUACCACGACGUUCCCCGUUUGUCCCACAGAUGGGAGACGAGCUUAUAUAUUUUAGGCAAGGACAUGAAGCUUAUGUACGGGCUGUAAGAAAAUCAAAAAUAUACAGCGUUAACCUACAAAAACAGCCAUGGAAUAAAAUGGAUCUCAGGGAACAAGAAUUUGUUAAGAUUGUAGGAAUCAAAUAUGAGGUUGGACCACCUACACUAUGCUGCUUGAAGCUUGCAUUUCUGGACCCCAUUUCAGGCAAAAUGACUGGAGAAUCUUUUUCCAUUAAGUAUCAUGACAUGCCAGAUGUCAUUGACUUCCUUGUGCUACAUCAGUUUUAUAAUGAAGCCAAAGAAAGGAACUGGCAGAUUGGUGAUAGAUUCCGCAGUAUAAUAGAUGACGCCUGGUGGUUUGGGACCGUGGAGAGUCAGCAGCCUUUUCAACCAGAGUAUCCUGAUAGUUCUUUCCAGUGUUACAGUGUUCACUGGGACAAUAACGAGAGAGAAAAGAUGAGUCCCUGGGAUAUGGAGCCAAUUCCAGAAGGAACUGCCUUUCCAGAUGAAGUUGGUGCUGGUGUUCCUGUGUCCCAGGAGGAAUUGACUUCUUUGCUAUACAAACCUCAGGAAGGAGAGUGGGGGGCUCAUUCCAGAGAUGAGGAAUGUGAACGAGUUAUUCAGGGCAUCAACCACCUUCUUUCCCUGGAUUUUGCCAGCCCUUUUGCUGUUCCAGUGGAUCUCAGUGCCUAUCCCUUGUAUUGUACUGUAGUUGCUUAUCCAACUGACCUCAACACCAUCAGGCGGAGACUUGAAAAUCGCUUUUACAGGAGAAUAUCAGCAUUAAUGUGGGAAGUACGCUACAUUGAGCAUAAUGCUAGGACAUUCAAUGAGCCAGACAGUCCUAUAGUUAAAGCAGCCAAAAUUGUAACUGAUGUCUUACUUCGAUUUAUUGGGGAUCAGAGCUGUACUGAUAUACUGGAUACUUAUAAUAAAAUUAAAGCAGAAGAGCUAAACAGUACUGAUGCAGAGGAGGAUACAGAAAUGGUUGAUUUAGAUUCAGAUGGUCCUGGUACUUCAUCUGGAAGAAGGGUCAAAUGCCGAGGCAGAAGACUGUCUUUAAAGUGUGAUCCUGAUGCUUGGAGAAAACAAUGCACAGAACUGUUGGGCCUCAUUUAUGAACGUGAAGACUCAGAGCCAUUUAGACAGCCAUCUGAUCCUCUUUCCUACCCAGGCCAUCAAGAGCAAGAGGGCGAAUCCUCCGAGUCAGUUAUUCCAGAACGACAACAAGAUCCAUCUCUUUGUGAGGAUUAUCAUGUUAUAGACACUCCUAUGGACUUCAGCACUGUGAAAGAAACUUUGGAAGCAGGAAACUAUGGUAGUCCUCUGGAAUUUUAUAAGGAUGUUCGCCAAAUAUUCAGCAACUCCAAAGCUUAUACCUCUAAUAAAAAGUCAAGGAUCUAUAGCAUGACAUUGCGAUUAUCUGCCUUAUUUGAAAGUCAUAUUAAAAAUAUCAUCUCUGAAUAUAAGUCAGCAAUCCAGAGUCAGAAGAGGAGAAGGCCACGGUACAGAAAACGUCUAAGAAGCAGCAGCAGUUCAUUAUCUAGUAGCAGAGCUCCUAGUCCAAAAGGGAAACAGAAACAAAUGAAGUUACAGCCUAAAAAUGACCAGAAUACCUCAGUGUCUUAUGCCAGGACUAGCUCUCCUUUCUCAUCUCCUGUUUCAGAUGCUGCUGAAGGGCUGUCACUGUAUUUACUUGAUGAUGAACUGGAUGGGCCAUUUUCUUCAUCGAGCUUCGGUGGAUAUAGCCGAAGUGGAAAUAGCCAUGACCCAGGGAAAGCCAAAUCAUUUCGAAAUAAAGUUUUGCCGAUUAAACAAGAUCACUCCCUUGAUGGACCCCUUACAAAUGGUGAUGGCAGAGAGCCCCGGGCAGGAAUCAAGAGAAAACUACUUAGUGCAUCAGAAGAAGAUGAGAGCAUGGGAAGAGAAGAGAAAGAGAAAAAAGAAACAAAAGAGAAAUCACAUUUAUCUUCCUCAGAGAGUGGAGAGUUAGGAUCCAGUUUAAGUUCUGAAAGUACCUGUGGUUCUGAUUCUGACUCUGAAUCAACUUCCAGAACAGAUCAAGAUUACGUAGAUGGAGACCAUGACUAUAGCAAAUUCAUACAAACUAGGCCUAAAAGAAAACUCAGAAAGCAAUAUGCCAAUGGAAAAAGAAACUGGAAGACGAGAGGCACGGGAGGAAGAGGCAGAUGGGGCAGAUGGGGUAGAUGGAGUAGAGGUGGCAGAGGAAGAGGAGGCAGGGGACGAGGCAGUCGAGGAAGAGGUGGAGGUGGCACGAGAGGGAGAGGGAGAGGGAGAGGAGGAAGAGGUGCUUCUAGAGGAGCCACCAGAGCCAAACGUGCACGUAUUGCAGAUGAUGAAUUUGAUACUAUGUUUUCAGGACGUUUCAGUAGACUGCCUCGAAUUAAAACAAGAAACCAAGGCAGGAGGACUGUUUUAUAUAAUGAUGAUUCUGAUAAUGACAAUUUUGUGUCCACUGAAGAUCCUCUAAACCUUGGUACAUCCAGAUCAGGCAGAGUCCGUAAAAUGACAGAAAAAGCCAGGGUUAGCCAUCUCAUGGGAUGGAAUUAUUAACAGUUAAUAAAUUUAGAAUAAUUUUAAAAAUUUAAUGGCCUUCUACUGCAGGGAAUUUACCAGGAAAUCUACAAAGCAAGUUGUGUGGGGACUUCUGCUUCCUUUCACAUUGGUGCUUUUCCAUUAUGCCAGUAUACAUUUGUUUCAAGACUUUUGAUCUCCACACUUCAUUUGUUCAAACAAGCCUUACUCAUUAGGCCUUAAAUUUUAAAAAAUUCUACACACACACACACACACACACAUACACACACACCACAGACACACUACAGAUUUACUACAUGAAGGGAGCAUUCAGCUUCUUAAGAGUAGCAUGACAUUUUUAUCUCAAUGGAAUAUCCCUCUUUUGCUUUUGUAUCACAGAAGUAUAGCACCUUCUUACAGAGUUUUAUAUAGUUUGUUUUUGCCAUUUUGAUUCCUGUACCAGUAAUAAUAACUUUUGCACAAUACACCAAUCCUAAAGGCAGCUAUUAAAUGUUUACAGUUUCUAUAUUGUAAGAACGAUCUGGAUUAUUUUACUCUUCCCAGGCCAAACUUUCAUGAAUUGUACUGAACUGAAGUAUAUAUUUAUACUACAGUUUUUUUGGGGGGUGGGGGGUUCUUAAUAUGCUUUUCAUUGAUUUGCUUAAUUCAUGUUAAAGGUGAGAAAGGGUUGGUGCCUUGUAAAUAUGUAGCAAAUCUUUGUGGUGUGUCCUGAUGUGUGCAUUAACUUUAUUAAAAAAAGAAUACUUGAGGUAUCAAUCUAGACAAGGUGCCAAAUGCAAAAGUUUCUUGCAUCCAUUUUCUUUUUCCUAUUAUAUUUUAUUGCAUUAAUAGAACUUGUGUAGCUUAAAAAAUAACUUAAACAUUUGAAAAAUCCUCAUCCACAAAGAAUAACUUAAUAGUAGCUCAGCUACCUCUAUUAACUACAACUA